AACGAGACGUUUGUGUGUGUUGUGAGUUCUUAGCAGUAAUCCUUCCUUUUAAUGUCUUCCUUCUAGGUGCUUUGCCAAACGUCUGCCCUGGAAUGAACAGUGAGCAGUAUCGGCCACAAUGCAGUGCACCCGGUCCAGAUGGUGACAACGACGACUUGCCCGUUUUCACCUUUCUGCAGAAGCAGCUAGCAGCAGCAAAUAAAAAUGAUGGUCCAGAACUGCUUAUACUAGAUAGCUCGGACUCUGAGAGCUCUUGCUGUUUCCCUGUUGGAACACUUCGGGACCCCUUGAACCCUAAAGAAGACGUCACUAUGAUAAGUAGUGAAAGUGAUGAGGAGGAUGUCUAUGUGCCUCUUUCAGAGAGGCUGAAAGAGAGGUUUGGUGCAACUGUUCCUUCAAAAGAUGCUGACAUGUGCUGCCCCCUAGACACUCAUCCGCAGAGUGAGAACACUGAAUUACAAAAUCAAUCUGAGAAUUUUGCGCAGUCACUUAAUAAGAAUAACGAGCAAGAAAUUGGUGCAGUGAGGCAAACACAUACGCUUCACCAGGCGUCCGUUUGGGAUAUAUCAGAGUCUGACGAUGAGGCCGGAACUCUAAGUUUAAUAUUAGGCCCAGGUCUGAGCAGCACUUCGGCUGGCAAGCCUGCUUUCACUGGCCUAAAAUCGGGGCUCUCGUCCCCUAUAAAAAAGCGUCUUGUUAAAUGUAACCAAGAAGAAGUUGAAGAAAAGAGGCUUCUAGCCUUGCAGAAGAAAAAGGAGCGAGAAAAGCAGCGGGCAGAGAGAGAAACUAAGAAACAUCAGAUUGAACAAGAGAGAGCAAAAAAAAAAGCUCUGGCUGAAGCUGUCAGGGCAAUGAAGCCAGAAGAAUGUAUAAAGAAUUUGUUAGUCGCAAUUGAUCCAGCUUUGCUGCAGGUUGAAGGCGGAGGCCAAUUGCUUACUCUUUUACAGUCCUUAAAUUACAACUAUGUUGUUGAAAGUCAAGCUGUACCGUGCAGCGUCACCUGGAAGAGGAGAACACACUUGACGGAGGGUGGAGAAACACAGUAUGCCAGUGAGGCCAAUGUGGUGGUUCUUGUGCCAGUGGAGGAUUUUAUUUCCAUGAUCCUGUGCUCCACAGAGGAACGCCAGGGCAUUUCUACCAGUGGCAGGCAAUCUUUGAAAUGCUGGACACGGAAAAUAUUACAGCAGUUUGGAAAGAAGACCCUGACGGUGGUUGUGGUGAACUUGGAGAAGUACUUCAGGUCACAGAAAUCUCAGAGCCAACGGAAGUUUCGUGAGGAGGUGUUGGGUGACGGCGAUGCUGGCAGUAAAAGGAGGAAGAGGAAACCAGGGGACGAUGUUCUUCCUGAGGUCUCCAGGGUUGAUGUGGAGGAGGCAUUGGUGGACGUGCAGCUGCUCACAGACGUUCAGGUUCACUUCUCGGACUCCUGGAAGGCGUUUUCUGAUUACGUGGCUAUGAUGUCCAAGGCCGUCGCUGAAACUCCUUUUAAGAGACAACGUGACCAGGCAAGUUUCAAUUUCUACUUGGAUGGCGAGUGGGCAGGAGGGUACAAGGUGGAGCGGAAUGGAAAGGGGCUUCUCCAGGUGUGGAAGAGACAGAUCCAGCAGUUCAAUCGUGUCAGUCCGGAAAUUGCUAGUGCCAUCUUGGCAGCCUUCCCAUCACCGCAGUCACUCCUUAAGGCGUAUCAGAAAUGUCACUCUGACUUGGAGAGGCAGAGACUUCUUGUGGACAUCCAGGUCCGUAGAGGAGAAGGAGUGACUUCGACUUCACGCCGCAUUGGACCGGAACUUUCCAAGCGCAUUUAUUUGCUGUUGACGUCAUGUGACCCAGAACUGUCCCUGGAAGCUGCUGGUUAGACACUGAGAUACACAAGACGUCCAUCUGUCGGUGAAAAUCAUUUGUCUUUCCUAAGAACGCUGCUGUGAAGGUCAAACAAAAACGGGCAUCUACUGGAAAAGAGCCAGUAUGGUAGGGUGUGACGUAACAUGACGUGUGUGCUUCAAUGUGGGCACCAUUG